GGUAAUCGAAAGAUCUGUCGGCAGCUACUCAAAGCAGGAGCCGAUGUCAAUCUGCGAGAUUUUGAAGGUGAUACCGCCUUAAUUUCUGCAGCCAUGUCUGGCAAACCGGAAGUUGUGGAGACACUGCUGAAGGUAAGUGUCAUGGAAACUAAUGCACACGGCAAAUAUGGACGAACGGCGUUGCUUGCAGUGGUCGAGAACGGCGCUCAGUCGGCCAUGAAAAUGUUGAAGCUUUUAAUCCAAGCAGGGGCCGAUCUCGAUGCUCAAGACGAAGACGGAGACACAGCGUUGCACAUGGCCUCCCGACAGGGAUCUUUUGACAUGGUCAAACUUCUGGUGAAUAAGAAAGCUGCCAUCAAUAUACCGAACGUUGAAGGAGAGACUGCGCUAGACCGUGCAUUGCAUGGAAGUCACAGCGAGAUCGUCCUCUAUCUGUUCAGACAUGGAGCGAUAUGCCAACCAGAUAAUUCGGGAUUCACCGAAAUUCACGAGGCUAUUAUAGGAAGCUGUGACGUAGAGAUAAUUGCGUUGCUCAUCUCGAAGGGCGUUGACGUC